UGACUGAGCUAGCCUUCCCUGCUAGCCCACAACAGACAGACAGACGGACAGGGAGGAUGUUGCACAGCUCACACUACAGAGAGGAGAGACUGGCUGCUAAAGCACUGACUAACUGAGAAGUCCCAGGGACAUGCACACACAUACAUACACUCUAUCUCUCUCUCUCUCUCUCUCUCGCUUUCUCUCUCGCUCUCUCUCUCUCUCUCACACACACACAUACAUACAUCCACAUACCCACAGACUCCUCUGACACACACACACACCUACACACACAGCUUGUGUGUAAGUAAUCAGGAGCAGUGGGAUCACAGUAACUCUAAAGCUUCUAAGGAAGAGGAACGCCACUAACUGUUUCAUCUCUGGACGCUCAAUACUAAUCUCUGGCCUCCACAGAACCCCUGAAACAUCCGGAAACAGACGGAAGCAGACAAGACCAUGUCUGCUGUUGGAUGACGGUCUCCUCUGCCGGGAUCACACAGCCGACACACACAGUGAGGAUUACACUGAGACAGACUGACAGACAUCAACAUAAAGACUGGCCUCAUUCAUACAGAGAGACAGUGAGACAGACGGACAUCAACCUACAGCCUUGUGUCCUUACAACAGAGAGACAGACAACAACUCCAAACAGAGAGAGACAUCACACAAGUGCCUGGUCACUCUCUAGCCCUCCUACCCUUCACCCACUCCACCUCCCACCAGCUGGCCUCAGCACCCCAGCCAGGGGUUACAGGUCACAGGUCAGGGAGACCAGCCCAUCCAGGCUCCUAGUGAACAGCGCUAGGAGGGCACUGUCUGGCACUCUGUUCUGUUCUGUCUGCCGGAGCAGACAGCAGUAUUUCAGCAUGUUGUCCGUGGCGCCCCACAGCAGUGCAUUAUAAUGCCCAGAUGGAUGCCACUGCCAUGCAACCUGCCUAACUUGCUGUCGGCACUGUACCUUCACAUCAUCUUCCUGCUGGGCAGCGUGUGUGUGGCCUGCAGCAACUGCACACCCGAGCAGCUAGCCGCCAUCAUGAACUGCUCCAAGCACGAGCGCCAUGCACGGAACUACGACUACAUGGAAGGGGGAGAUGUACGCAUACGACAGCUGUUCAGCCGGACACAGUGGUUCCUUACCGUUGACGACUACGGCAACAUCAACGGGACACAAGACCCCACCAACUGUUACAGUAUCCUGGAGGUCCGUACGGUGUCCGAGGGAGGAGUGUUAGCUAUCAAAGGAGUGAAGAGUCAGUACUAUAUCUCCAUGAACAGGACUGGCCUGCUGCAAGGCAAGAAAAUCUACAAUGAGAACUGCAACUUCAAGGAGAUUUUCCUAGAAAACUACUUCAACGCUUACUCGUCUGUUAAGUCGAGUAGAGACGACAAGGAGAUGUUCAUUGCUCUGUCUCAAAAGGGCAGACCGCUGAGAGGGAAGAAGACCAGGAGGGAACACAUCGCCUCCCACUUCAUUCCCAUGAAAUGCAGAGAGGAGGAGAGGACUGGCGUCUGAGAGAAGGAGACUGAAAAAGGAAGAGGUGACUGGAGCCUGAGAGGAAGAGAGGACUGAAAGAGGAGA